CCUGCCUCGCGCGGCCGCUACAGCCACUGCCGCUGGCGCCGCUCCUUCUCCGUGUCAGUUGUUGGGCUGUAAUGGCGACUGGGCCGCCCCUGCUGAAGUGACUCCCGGGCGGGGAAGCGGGGCCAAACCUGCGCCAGAGGGAACUGCAGAGAGCCGCAGCUCGGGGGGUGGCUUGCCCUAGGGGAGGGGAGGCAACCUUUCCUCCUGGUCUUCCUUCCCGGCGGACCGGCAGAUCCCCGGAGCCGGUGCGAGGCGGGCACCCGGUGCGUCCCCGGAGCGGGGAGGCCAGGCCGGGCAGCCCUGGGGCCGGUCGGGGCGGCGUCACUGCACCCUCCGCCAGGCCCCGCGGGAUGCACCGUGGGAGCCGACGGCGGAGGCGACACUCUCAGGUAAAUUGGCAGGAUGAGGAGCAGCAAAUCAAAAGAGGUGCCUUUACCAAAUCCAAGGAACUCUCAAAGCAAGAAUGCUGUUCAAGCAGAUAUAACCACAUCGUGGGAUGCACUUUCUCAAACCAAGGCUGCUCUGAGACACAUUGAAAACAAAUUAGAAGUAGCCCCUACAAGUACAGCUGUAUGUGAUUCUGUCAUGGAUACCAAGAAGUCUUCUACAAGUGCCACCCGAAAAAUAAGUAGAAAAGAUGGUAGAUACCUGGAUGAUUCUUGGGUUAAUGCUCCAACUUCCAAAUCCUCUAAAUCACGAAAAGAGAAAUCUCGUAGUCCUCUCAGAGCUACCACCCUGGAGAGUAAUGUGAAGAAAAAUAAUCGUGUGGAAUUUCGUGAACCUUUGGUUUCUUAUAGGGAAGUCCAUGGUGCACCUUCCAAUUUGAGUUCCAGCCAUCUGGAGUCAAAGCAUGUAUAUUGUGUAGAUGUUAAUGAAGAAAAGACUGAGAUUGGGAACUGGAUGAAUGGCAAUGGAGAACGGAAUAUACAUAGCUGUGAUUUUGAGAGCUCCCAAUCAUCUGCCAUUAAUGAUACUUUUGUUAGGUUUUUAAAUGAUCGACCAGCAAUUGAUGCAUUGCAAAAUUCUGAAUGUUUGAUUAGGAUGGGAGCUUCUACAAGAACUGAGGAAGAAAUGCCUAGCAGAACAAAAGAAGGUGAGAACAAUUUGAAGCUUUCUGUGAAUAACAUGGCCCAUGACACUGAUCCAAAAGUGUUACGACUAACUGACUCUUCUCCAUCCUCUACUAGUACUUCUAAUUCCCAAAGAUUAGAUAUUUUAAAGCGGCGACAGCAUGAUGUCAAACUGGAAAAACUUAAGGAACGGAUUAGAAAACAAUGGGAACACUCAGAAGAAACAAAUGGCCGAGGCCAAAGGCUGGGUCAUAUUGACCAUCCGGUAAUGGUUGUUAAUGUUGAUAACUCAGUUACAGCAAAAGUCAGAAAAGUGGCAACAGCACCACCUGCUCCAGCAUAUAAAGGUUUCAACCCUUCAGAGACCAAGAUUCGAACACCUGACGGGAAAGUGUGGCAGGAGGCUGAGUUUCAAAACAUGAGUAGAGAACUGUAUCGAGAUUUAGCACUUCACUUUUCAGAUGAUAUUUCUAUAAAGGAGAAACCUGCCGGAAAAAGUAAAGAGAAGAAAGUAGUCAAGCCAGUACGAAAAGUCCAAAAAGUAGCACAGUUAUCAGGUACAGAAUGCAAAACAGGUAGUAGUCAUCUUAUAAGUACAUCUUCUUGGCGAGAUGGACAAAAAUUGGUAAAGAAGAUUCUGGGACCUGCACCCAGAAUGGAGCAAAAAGAGCGAAGAACAGCAUCAAGUGACAGAGGUGGAAGAGAAAGAACUGCUAAAUGUGGGGGUCACAUUGGAAGAGCAGAAUCUGAUCCCAGGUUGGACGUUUUAAAUAGACAUCUUCAACGAAACUCAGAACGUUCGAGAAGUAAAUCUCGGUCUGAAAAUAAUAUAAAGAAACUAGCUUCAUCUCUUCCAGAUAAUAAACAGGAGGAAAAUACUGCCUUAAAUAAGGACUUUUUACCUGUUGAAAUUCGUGGCAUUCUUGAUGACCUGCAGCUGGAUUCUACAGCUCACACUGCAAAGCAAGAUUCUGGAGAGGUACAGAAUCAGAAGUCAUCAGCACCAGUACACGCUCCUAGGAGUCAUAGCCCAGUAAAAAGAAAACCUGACAAAAUAACAGCUAAUGAAGAGCACCCUGUUAUUUCCAAAAGGCGCCACUAUGACACAGAUGAGGUACGACAGUACAUUGUUAGGCAGCAGGAGGAAAGGAAGAGAAAGCAAAAUGAAGAGAAGAAGGCUCAAAAGGAGGCUACGGAACAGAAAAACAAACGAUUACAAGAGCUCUACCGGAAACAGAAAGAAGCCUUUACUAAAGUAAAAAAUGUGCCUCCUUCUGAGCCAUCAGCAACUAGGCGACUACAGGAAACUUACUCCAAAUUGCUACUAGAAAAGACCUUGCUUGAAGAGCCAUCUCAUCAGCUUGUUACACAGGAAACACAGGCCAGACCAGGGUAUCAGCCAUCUGGAGAAUCUGACAAAGAAAACAAAGUACAGGAACGUCCCCCAAGUGCAUCUUCUAGUAGUGACAUGUCUCUUUCAGAACCUCCACAGCCUCUUGCAAGAAAAGACUUGAUGGAACCUACAUGGAUGCAGCCUGACAGAUUGAGCCCUCAAGUUCACCAUUCUCAACCACAGCCUUUUGCUGGAACAGCUGGAAGUUUACUCUCCCAUCUCUUGAGUCUAGAGCAUGUAGGAAUUUUGCCUAAGGAUUUGGAAUCUAUUUUACCAACCAGGAAGAAUCAUAAUGUGGCUUCAAGGCCAUUAACUUUUACACCUCAACCAUAUGUGACCUCACCAGCUGCUCAUACAGAUGCCUUGUUAAAACCUAGUGCCAGCCAAUAUAAGAGUAAACUGGAUCGUAUUGAAGCCUUGAAAGCAACAGCUGCUUCUUUGUCCAGCAGAAUUGAAAGUGAAGCCAAGAAAUUAGCUGGGGCCAACAUUAACUAUGGGUCAACAUGGAACACUGAGUAUGAUGUGCAGCAAGCACCUCAAGAAGAUAGACCCUGGACCAAGGCUAUCAGUCCACCUGUGAAAGAUGAUACUGAAGAUAUUUUCUCUGCCCGAAUUCAGAAGAUGCUGGGUACCUGUGUAUCUCAUGCAACUUUUGAUGAUGAUCUUCCUGGUGUAGGCAAUCUUAGUGAAUUUAAAAAGCUUCCUGAGAUGAUAAGACCUCAGAGUGCCAUAUCAAGCUUCAGAAUGAGAUCCCCUGGUCCCAAAUCAGAAGGGCUGCUGGCACAGUUGUGUAAAAGGCAGACUGACUCUUCUAGCUCUGAAAUGCAAGCGUGUUCUCAAGACAAAGCCAAAAUGUCUAUUGGUUCCAGCAUAGAUUCAGUCAGUGAAGGUCCUCUGAUUAGUGAGGGGAGUCUCUCUGAAGAAGAGGGAGACCGGGAUGGACAACCCCUUUUGAAAGUAGCAGAAAUUUUAAAAGAAAAAGAAUUUUGUGCUGGAGAAAGAAAUAGUUGUGAACCCAUCAAAGAGUUUCAGAAAGAAGCCGAAAAAUUCUUGCCACUUUAUGGACACAUAGGUGGUACACAAAGCAAAGGGCCAUGGGAAGAAUUGGCAAAGGGAAGUCCACAUAGCGUCAUUAAUAUUUUUACAAAAUCCUAUCAGUUAUAUGGAAAAGGGUUUGAAGACAAGUUGGACCGAGGAACAUCAAUAUCACGGCCUUUGAAUGCCACCACAACUCCUCUAAGCAAUGUUUCAUAUGAGGAUGAUUUUGUCUCUUCUCCGGGGAGUGGAACUUUGACAGAAACAAAAUCAACUCUUGAACCUCAUAGCACUUUAGGCCCUCAGGAGGACCAUUCUAACAGAAAGUCUGCCUAUGAUCCUUCCUCUGUGGAUGUUACCUCCCAGCAUUCAUCAGGAGCCCAGUCUGCUGCAUCAUCUUGUUCAUCUACUUCUUCUAAAGGAAAGAAAGGAAAAAAGGAAAAGACACAAUGGUUGGAUUCAUUCACUGGAAAUGUCCAGAACUUACCUCUUGAUGAGGAAAAAGUGCAGUCCAGCUCAGAACGUGGCUCCCAUCAAGGAAAGAAAUCUGGAACCAGUAGCAAACUUUCUGUUAAAGAUUUUGAGCCGACUCUUGAUACAGAUAGCACUUUGGAGGAUCUUUCUGGACAUUCUGUGAGUGUCUCAUCAGAUAAGGGAAGAUCUCAGAAAACUCCAACUUCUCCCCUGUCACCAAGUUCCCAAAAAUCAUUGCAGUUUGACCUUCCAGGAACUUCUUCAGAAAGAUCUAAGUCCUCAGUAAUGCCUCCAACUAUAACAGGAUUUAAGCCUAAUGCAGCUUUCGCUGAUUUGAAUCUGGCUGCCGGCAAAACGACAGAAAACCUGGCUCCAUCACCAGGUUCUAAGCGCUUUUCUCCUGCUGGCCUCCAUCAUCGCAUGGCAGCAGAACUCAGUUAUCUGAACGCCAUUGAGGAAUCCGUGCGCCAACUGUCAGAUGUAGAAAGAGUUAGAGGCAUUUCACUUGCUCAGCAGGAGAGUGUGUCUCUAGCUCAGAUCAUAAAGGCACAACAGCAACGCCAUGAAAGAGACUUGGCCCUCUUGAAACUGAAGGCUGAACAAGAGGCUCUGGAGAGUCAGAGACAAUUAGAAGAAACUCGAAACAAAGCAGCUCAGGUCCAUGCAGAAUCAUUACAGCAGGUAGUUAAAUCACAACGGGAAGUAACUGAAGUCCUACAGGCAGCAACGUGUAAAAUAGCAGCUCAGCAGUCAGAGACCGCUCGCCUCACCACAGAUGCAGCACGCCAAAUAUGUGAGAUGGCAGAGUUGACUAGAACUCAUAUCUCAGAUGCUGUCACGGCUUCCGGAGCUCCUCUUGCAGUACUGUAUGACCACCAACGGCAACACCUUCCAGACUUCAUGAAACAACUGAGGACCAGAACUGAAACAGAUAGGAAAAGUCCAUCUGUUUCACUCCCUCAGAGUAAAGAAGGAACCCUUGACUCAAAGCAUCAGAAGUAUUCCCCUUCAUAUGAUAGUUAUUCUGAGUCUUCAGGAUAUAGGAAUCAUGACAGAAGAAGUAGUAGUGGUAGCAGCCGCCAAGAAAGUCCUUCAGUUCCAUCUUGUAAGGAAAAUGAGAAGAAACUUAAUGGUGAAAAAAUGGAGAGUUCCAUUGAUGAACAGGUUCAGACUGCUGCAGAUGAUUCUCUACGAAGUGAUAGCGUUCCAUCUCUUCCUGAUGAAAAAGACUCGACUUCUAUUGCAACAGAAUAUUCUCUGAAAUUUGAUGAAUCCAUGACAGAAGAUGAAAUAGAAGAACAAUCAUUUCGAUCAUUACUGCCUUCAGAGAGUCACCGCAGAUUUAACAUGGAAAAGAGAAGAGGUCAUCAUGAUGACUCUGAUGAAGAAGCUUCUCCAGAAAAGACUACAUUGUCUUCUGCCAAGGAACUGAACAUGCCAUUCUCAGGAGGACAAGAUAGCUUUUCUAAAUUUACUAUGGAGAUGGUUCGACAGUAUAUGAAAGAAGAAGAAAUGAGGGCGGCUCACCAGUCUUCACUCCUGCGUCUCCGCGAAAAGGCCUUGAAGGAGAAGACUAAGGCUGAGUUGGCCUGGUUAGAGCAUCAAAAAAAACAUCUACGAGACAAAGGAGAGGAUGACAAAAUGCCCCCACUCCGGAAGAAACAGCGUGGUUUGCUUUUAAGGUUGCAGCAAGAAAAGGCAGAAAUAAAACGUCUUCAAGAAGCCAAUAAGGCAGCUCGGAAGGAAAGACAGCUGAUUCUUAAACAGCAGGAGGAGAUAGAAAGGAUCCGACAGACCACCAUAAAACUACAGGAGAAGUUGAAGUCUGCAGGGGAGAAUAAAUUGGACUCUCAUAGUGAUGAUGAUACAAAGGAUAAUAAAGCAUCCAGUCCUGGUCCAACUGACUUGGAGACCCGCAGUCCUUCUCCCAUUUCAAUCUCCAGCAGUGAAACUAGCAGCAUUAUGCAGAAACUGAAGAAAAUGAGAAGCCGCAUGGAUGAAAAACACUGCUCUCCUGUUCACUACUUCUUCUCUGUCUUUACGUCUCAUCACUGGGCCUCUCUCAGUGUCUGUUUUCCCAACCUUCAUCCCAAAUUCCAGCUGUAUAUCUACAACCAGUUGGUCAGGUUUCUGACAAAGCGAGAGCAAAAAUUAAUGCAGCGGCGACAACAUGCAGAGGAGCUCCUAGAGUGGAAGCGACGAUUGGAUGCAGAAGAAGCAGAAAUCCGUCAAAUGGAAAAACAAGCUUUGGCUGCAUGGGACAAAGAAUUAAUAAAACCCAAAACUCCUAAGAAGGAAUUGGAGGACCAGAGAACAGAACAGAAAGAAAUAGCGAGUGAAGAGGAAUCUCCAGUACCUCUGUACUGUCAUCUAAACAGUGAAAGCUCCAUUCCAGAAGAAUUAGGCAGCCCUGCUAUUGAAUAUGUACCAUCUGAGUCUAUAGGACAGGAGCAGCCAGGGAGUCCAGAUCGCAGUAUUCUAACUGAAGAAAUGGUUUGUUCACAGGAACUAGAAUCUUCUACCUCUCCUAGUAAACAUUCACUUUCCAAAAGCUGUACAUCUAUGUCAAAGCAGGAGUCUAGCAAAGGAAGUCAUAGGACUGAAGGACAGUGUCGCCUGCCUAUGAAGUCCCAUCAGCACUGUUACAGUUGGUCAGAUGAGUCAUUAUCUAUGACACAGUCAGAAACUACUUCUGACCAGAGUGACAUUGAAGGUAGGAUCAGAGCUCUGAAGGAUGAGUUGCGGAAAAGAAAAUCAGUUGUGAACCAGUUGAAGAAGGAACAGAAAAAAAGGCAAAAGGAAAGACUGAAAGCCCAGGAAGCCAGUCUGAUCAAGCAGUUAGAGUCAUAUGAUGAAUUUAUUAAGAAAACUGAAGCCGAGCUUAGCCGAGAUUUGGAAACAUCACCAACAGCCAAGCCUCAGAUUAAAACACUCUCCUCAGCUUCUGAAAAACCUAAGAUCAAACCCCUCACACCACUACACAGAUCUGAAACGGCAAAGAAUUGGAAAUCACUAACAGAGUCAGAACGUUCCAGAGGAUCCCUGGAGUCUAUUGCUGAACAUGUUGAUGCUUCACUGUCAGGGUCUGAGAGAUCAAUAUCAGAAAGAUCUUUAUCUGCAUAUGCAAAGAGAGUAAAUGAAUGGGACAGUCGAGCAGAAGAUUUUCAGACCCCAUCUGCAGUUCUCAGAUCAUCAAGGAAAAUCAGGGAGGAAUCUGGAGAGUCUCUAGAAAAUGUACCUUCAUUACAUCUUCUCAAAGAAUUAAAUGCCACUAGUAGAAUUCUUGGUGUGUCAGAUGGCAAGGUUGAAGAAUCUGGUAAAAAAUCAGAAAUACAAGAAGUAGAGUAUACAAAAUUGAAGGAGAGUAAGAUUGAAGAUACUUGUUCUAAACAAGGUAAAUCUGAUGUCUUACUGAAAUUAGACCUAGAACAGGGAGACGCAUCUGAAAUUCUUUCAAAGAAAGAUCUUCCUUUAGAUUCUGAAAAUGUUCAGAAAGACCUAAUUGGAUUAGCCAUUGAAAAUCUCCAAAAACAUGAGAAAAUGUUGAAAGAGAGACAGUCAGAUCAAGAUAUGAAUCAUAGUCCAAACAUCCAAUCAGAAAAAGACAUUCAAAAGAACACAAAGGAAAAUGAUUUGUCUUGGUCAGAACAUCUUUUUGCUCCUAAAGAGAUACCAUACUCUGAAGAUUUUGAAAUGUCUUCUUUCAAGAAAGAAAUUUCAGCUGAAUUAUACAAAGAUGAUUUUGAGGCCUCAUCUUUGCUGUCACUCAGGAAAGACUCUCAGUCUUGCAGAGAUAAGUCACAGCCAAUGAAGAGCUCUAGAAGUGGAGCCACUAGCUUUGGUAGUAAUGAUGAAAUCAGUGAGUGCCUAAGUGAGAAAAGCCUUUCUGUCCACAGCAGUGUUCACUCUGAAAGGAUGUUGGAACUCAAGUCCCCUACUGAGCUUAUGAAAAAUAAGGAGCGCAGUGAUGUGGAGCAUGAACAGCAAGUUACUGAAUCUCCUUCCUUGGCCUCAGUUCCUACUGCAGAUGAGUUAUUGGAUUUCCACAUUGGUGAUAGGGUGUUGAUUGGAAAUGUUCAGCCAGGAAUUCUUCGAUUCAAAGGUGAGACUAGUUUUGCUAAAGGAUUUUGGGCCGGAGUGGAGUUAGAUAAACCUGAAGGAAAUAACAAUGGAACAUAUGAUGGCAUUGCAUAUUUUGAGUGCAAAGAAAAGCAUGGUAUUUUUGCUCCUCCUCAAAAAAUAUCUCACAUUCCAGAAAACUUUGAUGACUAUGUAGACAUUAAUGAAGAUGAAGACUCUUAUUCAGAUGAACAGUAUCAAUACUAUAAUGAAGAGCAAAAUGAUACAGAGGGUCCAAAAGACAGAGAAAAGGAUAUAAGUGAAUAUUUUUAUGAGAAAUCCCUACCUAGUGUGAAUGAUAUAGAAACCUCAGUUAAUAGAAAUAGAAGCCUUAAAAUAGAAACAGGCGAUGUACAGGACAUUUCUGGGGUACUUGAAGCCUAUGUUCACCAGCAGUCUUCAGUGAAUUCACUGAUUUCUUCAAAGGAAAACAAAGACCUCGUUUCUGAUGCCACAGGAAAGGUUUCUAUGGCUGCAGAAGAUGAUACUUUAGACAAUAGCUUUUCUGAAGAACUGCAGAAGCAACAGCAGUUUACAGAAAAAGAAGACAACCUAUAUGCUGAAGUUUCAGAAAAGCCUUCUACACCACUUCUGGAUCUUUUAACAAGAGAAAAAAACCAACUGGAAGCCCAACUGAAGUCAUCACUAAAUGAGGAAAAAAAGUCAAAGGAACAACUGGAAACAGUCAGCUUACUGACAGACAGUUUACUAAAAGUCUUUGUAAAGGACACAGUCAAUCAACUACAACAAAUUAAAAAAAAUAGGGAUGAGAAAAUCCAGCUUAGCAAUCAAGAGCUUCUUGGUGAUGACCAAAAGGAAGUACCACCCCAAGACCUAUCCCAAAAUGUUGAGGAACAGUCACCAAGUGUUACAAGUUGCUUCUUAAGGUCUGAAUUGGAAGAUGAAAAAGAAGAGAUUUCCUCUCCAGAUAUGUGUCCCAGACCGGAGAGCCCAGUAUUUGGUGCCAGUGGGCAGGAAGAACUUGCUAAGAGACUUGCUGAACUUGAGCUCAGCCGGGAGUUCCUGAGCACAUUAGGAGAUGAUCAAGACUGGUUUGAUGAAGACUUUGGUUUGAGCUCAUCUCACAAGAUCCAAAAAAAUAAGGCAGAAGAAACCAUUGUACCUCUAAUGGCAGAACCUAAGAGAGAACCUCAGCAGCCAUGUGAAACGUUACUGGCAGUCCCCCAUACUGCAGAGGAAGUAGAGAUUCUUGUACAUAAUGCAGCAGAAGAACUUUGGAAGUGGAAAGAAUUAGGCCAUGAUCUUCAUAGCAUCAGUAUUCCUACAAAACUUCUUGGCUGUGCCAGUAAAGGUCUUGAUAUAGAAAGCACUAGUAAAAGGGUCUACAAACAGGCGGUUUUUGAUUUAACAAAAGAGAUUUUUGAGGAAAUAUUUGCUGAGGAUCCCAACUUAAAUCAGCCUAUCUGGAUGAAGCCAUGUAGAAUCAACUCUAGUUAUUUCCGACGAGUGAAAAAUCCAAAUAACCUUGAUGAAAUCAAGAGCUUCAUCGCAAGUGAAGUACUUAAGUUAUUCAGUCUUAAAAAGGAGCCAAACCACAAAACAGAUUGGCAGAAAAUGAUGAAAUUUGGAAGAAAGAAAAGAGACCGAGUGGAUCAUAUCCUGGUUCAGGAGCUCCAUGAGGAGGAGGCGCAGUGGGUGAACUACGAUGAGGAUGAGUUGUGUGUGAAGAUGCAGCUAGCCGACGGGAUCUUUGAGACCCUGAUCAAAGAUACUAUUGAUGUUCUCAAUCAGAUCAGUGAAAAGCAGGGGAGAAUGCUACUUGUGUGACAUCUUGCAAAUAAAUAGAACACUGAGUGCUAAUGUGAGUCCUGGGCCUUUCUGCCUCCUGAUGUACACCCCAUCGCCAUCAUAGCAAGAGUGCUUCUGGACCUUGUGCUUAUUCUUAAAGACUACGGGUUUGGAGUUGAUAAGACAAUGUGGUAUAUCUGGUAUUACAGCCUUUGCCUUUCGAGACCAGCCGCUGGAUUAAUUGGUUAUUUUCGGUGGGCAGGGUUGCACAGUGUAAUCCUACACCUGUUGCUAGCACCCACACUAGGUCUCAGAUGAGGGCUGAAAACACCAGACUUACCUCUGAGUUUAGACUAGAUUAUCACUUCUUUGAGUCUGAAGUCAAGUGAGAGAGGUAUAGAUGAGUGCAUCACAUCACUUUUGAAAUGCAGUCCUGGUCUAUACCAUGGAAGUCAUAAAUGGACAUUAUAAUCUCUAAACAGUAUUAAACCCUUAACCACUUCUAAAAUAGGCAAGCUUAAUAAUGUCUGCCAACUUCACAUUCUGGAGUUUAUUUCCUUUCUUUUUGAAGACCAUUUUCUUCCAUUAUUGCAGUUGAGCAGCACCAAGUGGACUGUCGGGCUUACAGGAAUAAGUGGUAGCCUUGCUGUCUGAGCGCCAUCUAAAGAAUUUUAAACCUCUGCAUUAUGCUUAGAGUUCUCUGUGUGGGCAUGAAAAAAGAAACGCCCCUACUGAAGACGGCUCAAAGGACCAAUGCAGGGCUGGUUCUUCUACCCCUUGGUUUACUCCUGCACUUUGCAUACUCGUUCUGAAUCUCUACCAGCUGCUCCCAGAAUCACAGAUACUCAGGACCAUCUCAGGCAUCCAGGCAUGGCAAAGUGGAAAUCAUGCAUUUUGGCCUUCAAACCUUCAACUCCCAUCUUUCCCCAGGAAGUCAGAGACGCUGUUACUUGAAUGAUUUAGGAAAUGAGUGUGUGCACCAAAGACAAAAAGACACUGUCUGUUGUUUGUGUGCUUGUUUUGUGCUAUGGAAUAUUUUUUAAUUUAUUUUAAGAUAAAUUAUUAAGUUGAAAAUGUGCGUCCCUAUUCAGAAGUGAAAGAUUCUUCUUGUAAUAAUUAAAAUCUCCAUCUUGAAGCUUCUAUGGUUCAUAGUCUUUGCACAGGAAACCUAUGGUUUUAACAAACCAUACACAUAUUGAAGAAGUCCUUUUAAUUCAGUGAAACGAAGACGGGCUUUUCCAAGAUCACCUGCAGUAGCAGGAGUGGGAUGAAAUGAUUUAAAGACGCUGUACAACUUAACUCUGCCUCUCUUGCAGCAUUGCUUCUCACAACUAUUACCUGCAUCUGAAAACAAAUCUAUAGACUCCAGCUGCUACAUUAGAGCAUAAGAGAUGCUCUCCUGGGACCUCAGUACCUGCCUUCUUGACUGGUUUCUGUUCAUCAGUCCUGUCCCUCUUCAAGUAAUCUGGAAGAAUGUGGAUGCUCUUAGGCGUGAAUGUAAAUGCCUUAAUAUCGAAGGUCCUGGUUAGAAGCAUGAUAUAAGACAUCCACUGGAUUCAUAUUUACAAAUAUCCUGGAAUGUUAUAGCUUCAAAAUAUGUUAGAAAAACCCCAAAGAUGGUAUAAUCUUUAAGUGUGCACAUUCGUUCAUUUCUGCAUCUUCCCUCCAAACUUGCCUUUGCAUCUUCAAUAUUUCACUAUGCACACUCCCAUUUCUCUUGGGUUUCAUCUUGUCAUUAUAAGAAACGUACUGAAAUAAUCAUUGGAAUAUUUGCAUUUUGCACAAUGACUGGUAUGAUAGCUCUUGACAAAUAAGGAAAGCACUGAAAUGUUGUGAUUGGGUCUCGGGAAAUGCUCAGAAUGAUGUCUUAGCAGCAUUUCUUCUGGGCUUGUGAUGUCGAGCUGUAGUCUUGUAGCCAUAAUGAGCAAAUUGACUUAAGAGAACAAAGGUUUCUUGGGGUUAUUAACCAGUAGUGUGGAAAUAUUAUUUUUAUGUGGCCAAGGAAAAGCAAAGGCUUUUCUUUUCAGUUUGUGUUAUUCAGAAGACAGAAAAGCAUCUUGUCUGCAUCCUUUGGCUGUUUGUAGGAUCACGUUGUCCUUAUGAUACUGAAACUUUACAGCUGCUGUAAAUUUUUUAUAAAUGAAUUUCAAAAUGUUACGAUGGGACUUUAGGUGGUUUUUCUACAUUUUCAUUAUUUGGACCUAAAACCAGUUUUUAAUAAGAAAGUUUAUCUUUACUCUUAUGACAUUAUGACUCCAGAAGAUGAAAAAAUAAUGAUACAAGUCAUGGAAUCAGCUACGUGGUAAGAAAUGCUGCCAAGAAUGUGGCAGUGGCUGUCCUGACAUACUGCAGCUGUCUUUACCAUCUGAAGAAUCCUGGGCUCCAGAUGAGAGGCAGAAGUGGAUCAGGCUUACUCUUUGCUAAAAAUGAUUAUCUGUAGUUUGGUAGCAAAAAAAAAAAAAGGAAUCCGUAAUUAGCAGAUGUUUUAUUAUUUUAACUAUUUGGAUCUAAUUGAAAUGGGUUUAUUGUUAGGAUUAAAAAAGAGAGAUGUGGAUACCUGGCCACUCGUUCCAUAUUGGUAUCUUUUCAAUCAGCUCUGCCUCUUAGUCAAGAACCUAAAUAUUCCCUCUUUCUAAUCCUUGUUCCUUUUCCCUACACCCUCGUCCUCUUUCACUCUUUCUUCAUAAUUCCUCUAAGAAAAAUAUCCUUGCAUCAGCAGUAAUAUCUUUUAGAAUAGCACUAUCAGAAUUUCGUAGUCAACCAACAUACAGGCUUCAGAUUCACUUCUGAGUCCAAAAUAAUUUGUGCUCUCCAGGGUAGUUAACUCUGGGUUAAAUAAGUACAGGGUAUAGAUUCCCUCUUCAGGUCUAAACAGAAACUUUUACCGUAGGGAAAAGUAGGAAGAGCUCAAACGUAGUUAAUAAGGAAGGUAAUUUGUUUUUCUUUUACCUAAAAGAAAAGAAAAUUCCUUCUGUGACUACAGGUCUCUGAGAAAUUAUCUUUCAAAAGAGAUUUCAUUGCUCAUGAGAGUGUUGUGGCCUAUUGAUAAAAACAAUUUUGUUCACUUUCUUGUCUUGAAAAAAAGUGGCCUUAGCUUUUUGCAAUACUUGAAUAAAGUGUGUACUUGCAAAAGAAUUUCUGUAGCACAGCAUUAGAGACUCAUAACUUUUCUGCAAGAAAUACAAACUUACAUCUUCCUUUUACUACCUUAAGAAUACUAGUGAAAGAAAACAUUAAUUCAAAGAGCAAAUUAUAGAAACUACAAUGAUGUUUAAUGCAAAUUGUAGGAAUUUACAUGUUUACAAAUCAUCUUCAACUGGUUGUGCAGCAAUUCAAUAAAAUAUCUUUGUAUUAUAAAAAUGUGAAGAAAAAAUAUAAACUGGUGUAAAGGAGGUACUGUCAUUUUAAUUAUGUUUAAUAGCUUUUCCUUCUGGACUUUGCAAAGCCUUCUUGGUAAACACAUUGCAAAGCAUUCUCUGGGAGGUUUAGCCUCCCUGUGUGUACUGUACUGUGCAGACAUGAAAAAAUAAACCCGUUUACUGUGUACAUGUAAAUAGCCUGAUCAUCAGGCCAUUUUCAGCCAAUAGUCACAUCCAGUGCAAUUUUGCACCAAACACUUAAGGGUGUGGUUUGUAAGUAUGAUCUGUAAAAUAACUGGGAGGAAUUCCCAUGUAUACCUGUGUAAAUAGAUUUGUUAACUGAAGUGUACUUUAAGAAAAGAUAAAAUCUGUAAAUAAACUGAUUUAUAAAUUAA